UAGUUUCACAGAGAGCAAGAAAAAACUCUUGUCAGGAAAAGGAAUUUUCUUCCUUCGGGUUGAGAAAUUUGGAGUGUAUUUUCAGUACCCUUGCUUAAUCUCUGAUGGUUGAGAACUUCUCUAUUGAUUGCAAUGGCCGCUCCGUUCUUCUCAACGCCUUUCCAACCUUAUGUUUACCAGAGUCCACAAGCAGCUGUAAUACCUUUUCAAAUUUUGGGCGGUGAAGCUCAGAUAGUUCAGAUUAUGUUAAAACCACAAGAAAAGAUUAUUGCAAAGCCUGGCUCCAUGUGCUACAUGUCAGGGUCCAUUCAGAUGGAAAAUGUUUACCCCCCAGAAAAUGAAGGAGGUAUUUGGCAAUGGCUUUUUGGGAAGAAUGUGACUAAUGUUGUUCUUCUCAAUCCUGGUCCAAAUGAUGGAUUUGUUGGAAUAGCUGCACCUUCUCUUGCAAGGAUACUACCGAUUGACUUAGCAAUGUUUGGCGGUGAAAUUUUAUGCCAGCCAGAUGCGUUUCUUUGCUCAGUCCAUGAUGUGACUGUCACCAACUCUAUCGAUCAUAGGCACCGUAAUGUUGUCCCUGGUCCAGAGGCAAUACUGAGACAGAAGCUGGCUGGCCAAGGGCUUGCUUUCAUAGUUGCUGGUGGAUCUGUUGUACAGAAAAAUCUCGAUGUUGGUGAAGUACUGGUUGUUGAUGCCUCCUGCAUUGUUGCCAUGUCGGCAACCAUCAAUUUCCAGGUCAAAUUCUCUGGUCCCAUGAGGCGGGUGGUUUUUGGGGGUGAGAACCUAGUAACAGCUGUUUUGACGGGACCGGGCAUAGUCUUCCUUCAGAGUCUGCCCUUCUGCCGAUUAUCUCAACGCAUUGCAAGAGCGGUUACGUCACCGAGCAUGAGGGAAAAUCCAAAAUUCUUCAUCCAGAUAGCCAUUUUCUUCUUUCUAGCUUAUGUUAUGAUUGUAUCUUCAUUAAUCUUGACAGAUGUCUGAUUUCCUUUCCUCUUUUCUGCCAUAACCCAUUUUAUUUAGCAUUUAUCCGGUCUAUUGUUACGUAGCAAUUUUGUUAUUUUCACAUGUUAAAAUAGAUAAACCGGCUGCUAACCAUGAUUGGUCAGCUAUGAAGUAAUCAAAAUUUUAGUUAGAAGGUACAA